AUGUGGUCGGCUGGUCGCGAGCAGCCGCCGCCCGGGCAGGAGCCGCCGCCAUCCCCGGAGCAACCAGAUGAAGACGAGAACGACGACGACGAGGAGGGGGAAGAAACCAUUGCUGAAGACCGCGAGCAAGAAUUCGACUUCAAGGAGUUCAUCAAAAGGUUCAUGACGGCGAAGGUGCUGGAGCCCUACUGCUGGCUGCUGCGCUACUUCGACACCAACACACCGGAGGCCAAUCACUGCGUUCUCAAGAUGCUGCACCGCGUGGCGUGGGACCACCAUAUGUCGGCCAUGCUCUUCCAGGCCAGCCUAUUCAGAACGUUCCAGCGGAUGAUGGAUGACGUGCGCCACAGCCGAAACCCUGCAUUGAAGGAACUGAUCCGCUUUGCCAAGUUCGUUCUCCGGAAGUUCUUCGCUGUUGCCGCGACCAACAAGAAGGUGUUUAUGGAGAUUCUGUUCUGGAAGUCACCUCGCGAAGCCUAUGAGGUGGAGCAUGGCUACGACACGUACCAGGAAACAUCAAAGGCAUCCAAGGUGUCCUGGUCGGAGGAAGAGGAAGAUGAGCUGGCCCGAGUCUACGAGGAGCUCAGAGCAGUGGAGACCAACGACCCGGAGCGGGACCUGCUGGACCGGAUCCUGGACACGCUGAUCUGCCGGGAGCGCACGCGCCGCCAGGUGGCCAAGAAGCUGAAGACGCUGGGGCUGAUCAGCGACACGCGCCAGCUGAAGGGCCGCUCGGCGCCCGCCGGACCGCCGCGCGAGUGGACCGAGCAGGAGGUGGCCGAGCUGACCGAGCUGUGGAGCCGGUACCGCGACGCGGCCGACCCGCUGUCGAUGAUCUUCGACCACCUAACCGUGCGUCGCCCCAAGAAUCGGAUCCGGGACAAGCUGCUCGCGCUCGGCCUGGCCACCGACAAGAAGCAGCUGUACAAGAAGCGAGCGGGCGGGCGACGUCGCCCGACGGACCCGACCGGCCCAGAGGACGAAGAUGGGGUGCAGCGGGGCAGCGGCAGCGACAGCGACAGCGACGGGGGCAGUGACAGCGGCUCGGACGGGGAGCGCGCGGUGCCGUCCCGGCACGGCGAGGCGGCGCGCGAGGUGCUGACCUGGCUCCAGGAAUCGCUGGAGGAGGCGGUGGCGCUGCGCCGCGCUGACCCCGACGAGGCCGUGGCGCUGGUGCCCGUCUCCGAGACGUGCGCCCAGGCCCUGGAGACGGACGACGGGCGGCGGCUGGUGACGCUGCUCGGCGGCCAGCAGCCCGGGGACGGCGAGAUGUUCUGGAGAUGGCCGGCCGCCCUCGCCACGGACGUGCUCGACAGAAACGCCGGUCUGCUGGCUGACUGGCUGACCGGCGACGGGCCGCCCACCCGCGAUGGAGCCGACUCCGAGAAGGAGAACGACGACCCAGCGGGGGCUGAGCUCAGCCGCAGUUUGCACGUGGACUCGUCCUCGGAGGACGAGCAGCAGACGCUGACGAGGCCCACGCAGAGGAGCCGCCUCCUCUCAUCGGAGGACGAGCAGCAGACGCUGACGAGGCCCACGCAGAGGAGCCGCCUCCUCUCCUCGGAGGACGAGCAGCAGACGCUGACGAGGCCCACGCAGAGGAGCCGCCUCCUCUCCUCAGGCGACGAGAAUGAACCCGACGUUACCUCCGACGCACAACGAAAGACGGUAACAACUGUCCUCUCUUUCUCUGCUGCAGGUCGCGAGCAGCCGCCGCCCGGGCAGGAGCCGCCGCCAUCCCCGGAGCAACCAGGUGAAGAUGAGAACGACGACGACGAGGAGGAGGAAGAAACCAUUGCUGAAGACCGCGAGCAAGAAUUCGACUUCAAGGAGUUCAUCAAAAGGUUCAUGACGGCGAAGGUGCUGGAGCCCUACUGCUGGCUGCUGCGCUACUUCGACACCAACACACCGGAGGCCAAUCACUGCGUUCUCAAGAUGCUGCACCGCGUGGCGUGGGACCACCAUAUGUCGGCCAUGCUCUUCCAGGCCAGCCUAUUCAGAACGUUCCAGCGGAUGAUGGAUGACGUGCGCCACAGCCGAAACCCUGCAUUGAAGGAACUGAUCCGCUUUGCCAAGUUCGUUCUCCGGAAGUUCUUCGCUGUUGCCGCGACCAACAAGAAGGUGUUUAUGGAGAUUCUGUUCUGGAAGUCACCUCGCGAAGCCUAUGAGGUGGAGCAUGGCUACGACACGUACCAGGAAACAUCAAAGGCAUCCAAGGUGUCCUGGUCGGAGGAAGAAGAAGAUGAGCUGACCCGAGUCUACGAGGAGCUCAGAGCAGUGGAGACCAACGACCCGGAGCGGGACCUGCUGGACCGGAUCCUGGACACGCUGAUCUGCCGGGAGCGCACGCGCCGCCAGGUGGCCAAGAAGCUGAAGACGCUGGGGCUGAUCAGCGACACGCGCCAGCUUAAGGGCCGCUCGGCGCCGGCCGGACCGCCGCGCGAGUGGACCGAGCAGGAGGUGGCCGAGCUGACCGAGCUGUGGAGCCGGUACCGCGACGCGGCCGACCCGCUGUCGAUGAUCUUCGACCACCUAACCGUGCGUCGCCCCAAGAAUCGGAUCCGGGACAAGCUGCUCGCGCUCGGCCUGGCCACCGACAAGAAGCAGCUGUACAAGAAGCGGGCGGGCGGGCGGCGUCGCCCGACGGACCCGACCGGCCCAGAGGACGAAGAUGGGCUGGCGGCGGCUGUCAGCGCCUACAUGCAGCCAGACGGCGAGGCGGCGCGCGAGGUGCUGACCUGGCUCCAGGAAUCGCUGGAGGAGGCGGUGGCGCUGCGCCGCGCUGACCCCGACGAGGCCGUGGCGCUGGUGCCCGUCUCCGAGACGUGCGCCCAGGCCCUGGAGACGGACGACGGGCGGCGGCUGGUGACGCUGCUCGGCGGCCAGCAGCCCGGGGACGGCGAGAUGUUCUGGAGAUGGCCGGCCGCCCUCGCCACGGACGUGCUCGACAGAAACGCCGGUCUGCUGGCUGACUGGCUGACCGGCGACGGGCCGCCCACCCGCGAUGGAGCCGACUCCGAGAAGGAGAACGACGACCCAGCGGGGGCUGAGCUCAGCCGCAGUUUGCACGUGGACUCGUCCUCGGAGGACGAGCAGCAGACGCUGACGAGGCCCACGCAGAGGAGCCGCCUCCUCUCCUCGGAGGACGAGCAGCAGACGCUGACGAGGCCCACGCAGAGGAGCCGCCUCCUCUCCUCAGGCGACGAGAAUGAACCCGACGUUACCUCCGACGCACAACGCUCCAAGGAAGCUCAGCCCCGCGAAGGCUCCGUCUCGAACAAGGCCGUCUCUGGUCGUCGUGGCCGCGUCAGCCAAGUGACGUCAGACUCGGAUGAGGAAACUCCCAAUCGGCCGCCGCCAGAUGCAGCAACUGCCAAUCAGCGUAACAGCGCAGCUCCCGUGACGUCAGACUCGGACGAAGAGAUGCCGAGCGUGCGGCCGCACGAGACGUCCGCCAGUCAGCGAAGCCGCGUCACCCGCGUGACGUCAGACUCGGAUGACGCGGAUGAGGCGCGGCGCCCGGCGGGGCCUGGCGUCGGCUCGGACCCCGCCGCGGACCUCGGCGACGUGGCUGAGGGGAAGCGGGCGAUGACGUCAGGGGACGAGGGAUCGGACGUGGAGGCGCGCAGAGCGACCGGUGCCGCCCAGAAGAGGAGCAGGCGCAUGAUAGAGAGCGACAGCGAUUAAUCUAUGAACGGCACUGCAGUUAUCCUGGCUUGUACAGCAAUGGUCGUGAAUUUUCCACACAGCCUUGAACUAUGGAGCUGUUCGCGUUUGCUUUUAUAAUACGCUGUGUGUACACGGUGGCUUUUAUCAACAAUACAAGUAAGA